CGCACCGCCACCGCCUGCCCCCCGCCGGGCACUGUAGUUUCCCGGGGCGGAGCUCAGCGGCGCUCCCGGACUACAUCUCCCGCCAUGCCCGGCAUCUGCUCCGUUUCGCGCUACGGCUUCUGCCCGGGUGCCGGCGCUCCCUGGGCGGUAGCGGGGCCGUUCCCCCGGUACGGACGCUGCUGCGCCGUUACCGCGGAUGAAACGCCGCUCGGAGAGGCCGCGGGGCAGGAGGAGGGGUGCUGCGCAGAGGUCGACCUGUGUCCCAAAAGUUGUAACCAUCAUCAAGCCCUUGCCAGCUGAGCAGCUGAACUCUGGAAGAACUCUUCCUUGCCAGCUCAAAUGCGGUCUCUGAACAAAAUGAAUUUCAUUAGAAGUCUUUCUGCUUUAUGUCUGAGGAAAAGCAAGAUGCAACAGAGGCACCGAAGUAGUAGCCGACCAGCUGUUCCACUUGGGUCACGAAUUUUAACUGAUCCUUCUAAGGUCUUUGAGCAUAACAUGUGGGACCACAUGCAGUGGUCACAAGAAGAAGAGGAAAAUGCCAAGGAAAAAGCAGCAGAAAACUCACUUGUGAAAGUCCAGUUGGAAAUCCAAGAUAAAUAUGAGAGAGAAGCCAGUAGAUACUGGAAUGAAUUUUACAAGACUCAUAAAAAUAACUUUUUCAAGGAUCGCAAUUGGCUAUUUCUGGAGUUUCCAGAAAUUCUUCCAGAAAAAAGGAGAGAAGAGUUGAAAACACAAGAAAGAUCUUCAGAACACACAAAAAUAAAUAGUACCAACAGCUUUUCAUGCAAAAAUGAAGUGCCUGAGAUGAAAAAUUAUGGAGGUGGUUCUGCUUCUGUACAAGGAUAUGUAUAUAAUAAAAAACAAGCAAAAUCUCCUACUGACAAUCCUCAGGGUAAAAACUGUGGAGAAGAACUUGGUGGGCUAGGAUCCUACCCUGGUUGUGAUGCUACUUACAGAAUUUUAGAGGUUGGUUGUGGUGCUGGAAACAGUGUCUUUCCUAUUUUGAAAGUUCUAUGCAAAACACCUGGAACCUUUCUAUACUGUUGUGAUUUUGCUUCAGGAGCAGUGGAGCUGGUAAAGUCACAUUCGUCCUACAAUUCAGCCUGGUGUUCUGCCUUUGUUCAUGAUGUGUGUGAUGAUGCUUUACCCUAUCCUUUUCCGGAUGAGAUCUUGGAUGUCGUUCUCCUUGUCUUUGUGCUCUCUACUAUUCAUCCUGACAGGAUGCAAGGGGUUGUAAAUAGGUUGGCUAAACUACUGAAACCUGGAGGAAUGUUAUUAUUUCGAGACUAUGGAAGAUACGAUACAACUCAACUUCGUUUUAAAAAAGGUCAUUGCUUGUCUGAAAAUUUUUAUGUACGAGGAGAUGGAACCAGAGUGUAUUUCUUUACCAAAGAUGAGGUAUGGAACAUGUUCAACUUGGCUGGAUUAACUGAAGUACAGAAUUUAGUUGAUCGGCGAUUACAAGUAAACAGGAAGAAAAAAGUGAAAAUGCAUCGAGUUUGGAUACAAAGCAAGUUCCAAAAACCAUUGCUGCUACCUCUGAAUAAUACUGAAGAAGCUACCGAAAGGCACCCGUCAUAGAUAAUUGUGCCAGGAACUCCAGAAACUGAAGCAAAUUUGGCAAAACCAAGGCAAGUGCUGUGCCACUGAACCUGAAGAGGAUAACCAAAAUUCAGGGUGGAUGGGAAGACAGCAGGAAUUCCUGCUACACUGGGGAAAAGUUUCUUGUAUUGAGAACUCCUGUGUUUCUGUUUUGUCUUUUGCUUGUGACUGGUCUAAUCUGCAGAUUCUCCUCUUUAAUAAUGACUAAAAAUUUGUAACCAACCAUCCUGAAAUUUAUAUUAAACACCAGUGGAAAUCACUUAAUUUUGCUGCUUCAUUUUGAUUUGUGAUGUGAUCUUCAUUCACUAUUUGGGUGUGCUCUUUGAUGUGUUGACAUAUGCCUCAUUUCCCCUUUCUCCUGUGCAUAGCAGACAAUUAAGCAGUUU